AUGAAUCGACCAGGUCCUGGUCCGCAGCCGCUACUAGGCAUGUCCGGAUUCCCCGCGCCGCAGCAAGCACAGGCCCGAAACGCAACAUUGACCUCCGCACGAUUGCCAAACGGAAAACUGGGUGGCGCAGCGAAUUGGAACUUCAAUCUGCCUGUGAGCGGAACUCCCACACUACAAACCAACCAGCACCGCAACAUGGGAACUAUGGGUAGCUUUGCGCAAAGCUUGACUGGCUCUCAGCCGGCAACACCGCUAGAUCUAUCCGAAUUUCCUUCCCUUUCAGGCGCACCCCAACAAUCACAAUCCCAGAACCCUGGGCAACUUGUUUGGGCCAAUGCAAGCCAGCGAGCUGCACAACACACUCCCGUACAGAGACAGCAGCACCUUCCUACCUCGCAGCCCCCCUCUCGAACCUCCCAGACCCAACCACAUCCCAUACAGCAGCCUUCGCAACCCCCUCACGAUGACAUUUUCCCAUCUGGCGCUCAGUUUGCCAAUCGAUUGGAUGACUUCAGGAAUGGUGGGCAAGGCAUCAGUAGCCAGCUUGGGGCCGGCACUCAGCCACAGACAGGCAACAUUGAUGAAUUCCCUCCGCUAGGUCGAAAUGUCGCUGCUGAGAUCGGUCAAGAUCGCCGCAGCUCAUUGAUGCAGAAUACGGCGUUCGGGAGCUACAACACUAGUAUUGGAGCAUCACGGUCGCCCGUUAACCAAGGAUCCAAUGGGAUUUUGGGGCAGGAUAAGGAGGACUUGACCAACACCCUCAUGUCGGCUCGGCGUAACUUCAGCGACCCACAACAAUUGCAGCAAAGGCAGCAGCAGGCUAGCGAAGGGCAAGAUGUCCCGGUGGCUACAAAUGGUCAAAGUGCAGAACAGCCAACUCUCGCACAGAUGAGUGAACUUGACCGAUUUGGCCUGGCUGGCCUGUUGCGCAUGAUCCACAGCGAGAACCCCGACGUGGCCGGUCUUGCUGUUGGUCAAGAUUUGAUGACCCUUGGCCUAGACUUGAACCAGCCUGAACCUCUUCACACAUCCUUCGCUUCGCCAUUCGUGGCCUCAAUGUCUGCCGUACCGCUUGAACAAGACUUCACCCUCCCAUCUUGCUACAAUGUUGCGAACAUUCAAGCUCUCCAGUCCCGAAUCCCAGGGUUCAGUGAUGAGACCCUCUUCUACAUCUUCUACAGUAUGCCUCGAGAUAUCAUGCAGGAGCUCGUCGCAGAGGAAUUGAUGGGCCGCAAAUGGCGCUACCAUAAGCUCGAGCGUUGCUGGUUGACACGCGAUGAUUCAUAUCCUGGCCCAGUUGAUGUAGAACGAGGCGUAAGCGAACGUGGCGUGUACCUGCUGUGGGACCCUACCACCUGGAAGAAGAUUCGUCGUGAUUUCAUCCUGCGCUAUGAGGAUCUGGACAACCGGCUGGAUUCCAACCGAGUAAUCAGUCGUGGCGCAAGCCAGGCGCAUCAUGCGUCAUAA